CCACCGAGUGUGGAGGUUGUUUGAUAGGAACUUGGGCACUAGUAAUGCUAACAGCAUGGCUGAUCAGCUGACAGAAGAGCAGAUUGCAGAAUUCAAAGAAGCCUUUUCACUCUUUGACAAGGAUGGAGAUGGUACUAUAACAACAAAGGAAUUGGGAACUGUAAUGACAUCACUUGGGCAGAACCCCACAGAAGCUGAAUUACAGGAUAUGAUUAAUGAAGUAGAUGCUGAUGGUAAUGGCACAAUUGACUUUCCAGAAUUUCUGACUAUGAUGGCAAGAAAAAUGAAAGACACGGACAGUGAGGAAGAAAUUAGAGAAGCAUUCCGUGUGUUUGAUAAGGAUGGCAAUGGUUAUAUUAGUGCAGCAGAACUUCACCAUGUGAUGACAAACCUUGGCGAGAAGUUAACAGAUGAAGAGGUUGAUGAAACGAUCAGGGAAGCAGAUAUUGAUGGUGAUGGUCAAAUAAACUAUAAAGAGUUUGUACAAAUGAUGACAGCAAAGUGAAGACAUUGUACAAAAUGUAUUAAAUUUCUUGUACAAAAUUGUUUAUUUGCCUUUUCUUUGUUUGUAACUUAUCUGUAAAAGGUUU